GGAGGAUUCUGCCAACGGGGUUCCGUAGUAGGAAAUGGCAUUCAUUUGGUCAUUUUAAACAAUUAUUGUUUCUUAUAAUCCAUCUUUUGUGGUAGAUCUUGAUAUUUCUUACUUGCUCCUUCAACUCUGCUGUGGUUUUCUUCUGGGGUUUCUGGUAUUGUGGGUGACGGAACCAUAAGGAGGAUGGCAACAAUCGCACAGGCACGAGGAGGCCGACAUGGGGGCUUUCGAUCGGAUUUUCUGAUUGCCAACCGUCGACGGGAGGAAGAGACCCGAACCCGCAUGCGCGAGCAAAUCCAAUACUAUGAAAAAACAGCUCUACAGUCGCAUUUUGAAGAGUCGACAAAUGCCGCUAUCAUGCGAAACAGGAUCAUGCGCCGUUUUGAGGAGCUAAAGUCUCAAGAGAAUAGCAAACUUGAGCAACGGAGGGAAAGAUUGCGACAGUUACUGGCCCACGAUGACGAACGGUACCAAAAGGAACUGGCAUCAACAGUCGUGACUGGAGAAUCUCGGGUCGAAGCCAUGCGGGCAAGAAUGAAUGAAUUGAAAGCAAAGCGAGAAAAGGAGCGUCAGAAAAUCGUGGAGGAGAAGCUCUUGCAACGAUGGAGAAACGAAUGUGACGAGCUUCGUUCUAUAGAGUCACAUCUGUUGGAAAAAGAAGUUGCCAGCGCCAGAGCGGAACAGUUGAUCGAAGUCCAAGAAAAGAGAGCAUUGGCAAAGCAGGAGAAAAAAUACUACGAUGAUCUGUGGGAACAAGAUCGUCUCAAAAAGAUUGAACGAGAAGAAGCAGAUCGGUUACGAAGAAGAGCCAUGAAUGAAGCCAUGACAGCUACCUUGCAGGAACAGCUACGACUUCUCAAAGAGCACGCGCAGGAGGAACAACGAUUAAAGCAGGAAGAGGGAGUUUUGAUGCGACAAGAACACGAGCUUCGCCUGCUAGAAGAAGAACGAGCCCGACUCCGCAAAAUCCAAGACCAACGCCAAGUCCGCCUCGAACUCGAUGCGUUCAACAAGCUCAAAGUCCAACAACGUCAGCGUGAAGUCCAAGAUGCCCUCGACUUGGAUAUCAAGAUUGUCAAUGCCUUUUUCCGCAUGGAUGAGCAGGAGAAAGAGAGCCGUAAUAGACGAAAGGAAGAGAUGAGAAAGGAAAUGCUGCUUUAUAUGGAACAUUUGAGGGAACAACAACGGAUUGAGAAGGAGAGAGAACGAGAGGUUGACAGGAUGUAUGCUGAGGAAGCUGAAAAGUUAUGGCAAGCCCGAGCAGAAAAAUGGAGUAAAGAACAAGGUGCACGCGACCGGCUCAUGCAAGAGGUUCUAUCCGGUCGCCAAGAGCAACUACAAAACGCCCUCAACCACAAUCGUGUCCGUCAGGAAGAAGCCCGAAUGGAAAAACAUCUUCUUGAACAGCAAAUCGCUCAAGCGCGUGCCCAAGAAGAGGCAGAGCGGGAGCGACAUGCACGUAAUGCACAAGAAUAUAAAGGGGCAUUGUUACAGCAAAUGACAGUUGCGCAAGAGAGGAAGAAGGUGGAGAAGGAACAAGCUGCACGGGAGAGUGCGGCUGAAAAGGAAGCUGAAGAGUUAUACAAGGACUUGCUUCGACAAGAGACGGAUCGCGCGCAUCAAUUGCCAAGAGUCCGAGCCUUUAGAGCAACGAACCGUGAUGCUACUCGAUUGACAGUCACACCCAUGUGGGCGACUGUCGUUGGGUCUGGUGCGAAAAAAACGAAAUAGAACAGAGCCCAUGUCAAAUAAAAAGUAGCAUAAAAAAAGCGCCUAUGCGUGUUUGGUUAGAGCAUAUUGUUUUUCUCUAUUGUUGACGUCAAAAAGCUCGCGCAGAUACAGAGCACGAUGUAUAUGUAUUGAGACCGCUGCAUGUUUUUCUCUAUGCUGCGCACCACCACAAUAUGCGCUUAACGAGAUCCCCAACUAGAUGACACAAUCUACUAUACUUUUGACGCCACGCACU